CAGGGUCACCCUAGCGCCAUGCUUCAUAAAGGGCGCCGUUACAAUAGGUUUACUGUUACUCUGACGACUGCUCGGAUACAAUGGGAGUGAAUGUAUUGGCCUGAUGCAGCUCCUCUGUUUCUCUCCAUUUUCCAUUUUUCACUUGAUGACAGGGAGGACAGACCGAGACGGGACAGCAUGUUAUCAGAGCACGCUCCUCCUGAAGUAACCGCGAGGACUAAUGGGGUUUAUUCUGCUGAGCCUGAUUCUCCGCUACUGGAUCCACGCCGUGGAAGGAUCAUGUUCAGCUGGCAGCGCUGUGACUUGUGACCAGUGUCUGCAGCUCAGUCUGGACUGUGCCUGGUGUGCACAGGAGAACUUCACAGACUGGUUCUCAGUCAGCGACCGAUGUGACACACUGGAAAUCUUACUUGAAAAGGGAUGUGCCCUGAGUCACCUGGAGUUCCCUGUCUCCGAGGCCCAAAUCCUCCAGGACCGCCCAUUUGGGAAGAAGACGGAGAGUGCGAACAGCACCCAGAUCUCCCCACAGAAAAUGUCCCUCAAACUGCGAGCCGGCAGUCAAUUGACCUUCCAGGUCAACAUUCAGCAGACGGAGGACUAUCCCGUGGACAUGUACUAUCUGAUGGACCUGUCGGCCUCCAUGAUCGACGACCUGGAGAGGAUCAGAGACCUGGGCUCCACUCUGUCGAAAGAGAUGGCCAAACUCACCAGUAAAUUCCGCAUGGGCUUCGGCUCUUUUGUGGAGAAACCUGUCCUGCCUUUCAUCAGGAUCACAGAGGAAGAGCGGGACAACCCCUGCAGUAGCGUGGGUUUUACCUGCCUGCCAACAUUUGGCUACAGGCACGAGUUGUCCCUGACGAGCAACACGGAGAAGUUCAACGACAUCAUCGCGAAGCAGCACGUGUCUGCAAAUAUCGACUUGCCAGAGUGCGGCUUUGACGCCAUCAUGCAGGCGGCAGUUUGUGGGGACAAGAUCGGCUGGAGGAACGAUUCCAUGCGGCUGCUGGUGUUUGUCAGUGAUGCUGACUCACACUUCGGGAUGGACAGCAAGAUGGCCGGCAUCGUGAUUCCUAACGAUGGGCAGUGUCACCUGGACGUCAACAAUGAGUACGCCAUGUCCACAGAGCAGGAGUACCCUACUCUGGCUCAGCUGAUGGAUAAGGUGGUUGAGAACAACAUCUUACUGAUAUUCGCCGUGACAGAGGAGCAGACGCACAACUACAAGAACUAUGCAAAUCUCAUACCUGGCGCGACAGUUGGAGUCCUGGCAAAAGAUUCCCGAAACAUCCUGGAACUGAUUGUGACGGCGUACAAAGAACUGCGCUCAGAGAUCGAACUGGAAGUCCUCGGAGACACAGAGGAGCUGCAGAUGUCCUUCACGGCCAUUUGCCCCGAUGGUACGGUCCUCCCUGACCACAAACACUGCUCCAACAUCAAACCAGGAGAGACGGUGGUGUUCAACGUAUCAGUGGAGCUCCCGGGAUGCCUGUCGGGCUUUCGCCACUUCUCCCUCAAACCGGUGGGUUUGCAGGACAGUCUGGAGGUGGACCUGGAGUCUCUCUGCUCCUGUGACUGUCAGCAGCCGCCUGAAGCAAACACCAGCCAGUGCGUCGCGGGCCAAGGAGCUUUCCAGUGUGGCGUGUGCGUGUGUCAGCCAGGCCUCCUGGGAGCAGAGUGUGAAUGCAAUGAGGAGAGCGCAUUGUUGAGCAACUGCCUCGCAAACAAUGCGUCUGAGAUAUGCAGCGGUCAGGGGCAGUGCUACUGCGGACAGUGUGUGUGUCAUGCGUCCAGCUUCGGCCGCAUCUAUGGACCUCACUGCGAGUGUAACAACUACUCCUGUGUCCGCUUCCGAGGAGAACUCUGCGGAGGCCACGGAGUGUGUGACUGUGGCGAGUGUCACUGUCACAGUGGUUGGACAGGAGAGUACUGCAACUGCAGCAGCAGCGCCGACGCGUGCACGUCAGACGACGGCUCGGUCUGCAGCAGCAGGGGCAGGUGUGAGUGUGGACAGUGUGUCUGCUCUGUGCCGGGAGCGUCCGGGGAAAAGUGUGAGAAGUGCCCGACAUGUGGAGACGCCUGUAGCUCUGCAAGGACCUGUGUGGAGUGCCACCUCCAAGAUAAGGCCGAUGUGGAGUCCUGUAAUCAAAGCUGCAGCGCUCUGAAGAUUCACAUCAACACAACAGAUUAUGACAACAGCCCUUCUAUGCCAUGCUCGUUGAAGACGGAGAAUGAGUGCUGGAUCUCUUUCAAUGUGAUGGAAAGUGAGACGGGGACCACUACUGCCUACAACCUGCAGAUGUAUGGUUGCCCAGAGCCGCCGAACAUCCCCAUGAUUAUUCUGGGAGUCUCCCUUUCCGUGGUUUGCAUUGGCCUGAUCCUGCUUGGUGUGUGGAAGGUGCUGGUGUCGGUCCAUGACCGUAAGGAGGUCGCCAAGUUUGAGGCAGAGAGGGCAAAGGCAAAAUGGCAGACGGGGACCAACCCACUGUUCAGAAGCUCAACAACGACAUUCAAAAAUAUCACUUACAAGAACAAAGAGAGAGACAAGAUUAUUGCAAUGGAUCACUACUGAUGAUGAACUGGAGGCAAUGCAAAGCAACAUCUGAGUGCGCUUAGGUAUGCGUGUGUGUAUGUGUGCGUGCGCACAUAUGCGUUAACUUCUAUUU